UACAAUAUAGGGGCUCCUGACAGGAAUGACUUCCUGUACAUUUCUGUCUUGCAGGAACUUGAAGCCUUUGCCUGAACACACACCAUUGUUUUCUCAUUGUGUCUUUAGUUUUUAAAACAGUGAUACAAUCCACUUAUUUUGGGUCAUGUUGCUCUUUUUUCUUUUAAGAGAUGAAAACCAGAGUUCAUGUGUUAUAACAGUUAUGAACGAUAUGAAAAGUAGUUUAUUGUAAAAUAUCAAAAUAUCAUAAAGAUACUGUUGUCAUCGUCUCAGAGGGCUGGAUACUACUCCGGGGGGCGGUGCGCCUCUCCAGACCCCUCCCGCCCCCAAACCCCCUUCACAAACUGUGACCAGCAACCAGACAGGCAGGCAUCCUCUCUUCAGCCAGUAUAACACAGCCUCGCUCCCAGCUGCAUCCCAUUCCUUCGCCGUCUCUGAGAUAGACAGCCAUCAAUCAGCCAUCCAUCCGGCCGUCAAACGAAGCAGUAAGGAGGGUGGGAGUCCGAGGCGUGCAGGUGAACAUGCUGGAAAACGGAAGAAAGGUGUUCAAGGAGGGUCUCCUGGAGAAGCGGAGCGACGGGCUGCUGCAGCUCUGGAAGAAGAAGCACUGUGUCCUGACCGAGGACGGCGUGCUGCUACUGCCGCCCAAGCAGCAUGACCACCCGCAGCACCACCACAGCGGCGGGGACACGGGGAAAGUCAAGGAGCUGCACUUCGCCAACAUGAAGACCGUGGAUUGCGUGGAGCGGAAGGGCAAGUACGUCUACUUCACGGUGGUUAUGACAGAGGGGAAGGAGAUCGACUUCAGAUGCCCGCAGGACGAGGGCUGGAACGCGGAGAUCACCUUGCAGAUGGUUCAGUAUAAGAACCGACAGGCGAUCCUGGCCGUCAAGUCCACCCGGCAGAAGCAGCAGCUGCUGGUGGUGCAGAUGCCCGGACAGAAGACCGCCCGUAGCUCUCCGAACGUUGCGUGACCUGCGGCGUGCCCCGCGGACACUGGUGCGCCAUUAUCGGUGAAUUGGACAUUCAGCUGAGGAAGAAUUUGAAACCUGGCUUUAUCUCCUCUGCUGUCUGCUCAUUCCACCAUGCUCCAUUCUCCAGAAGAACCCCUCUUCCAUGUUCUGGGUUCCACAAGCCAGUGCUCGGCCUCUUUUCAGUACAGACUUAUUUCAUAAAAAGACUGAUGGACUACAAGCAUGUGAGAAAAAACUGUGUUCUGCCGUGCGAUGGGUUUAUCCCUUAUUUAUUAGAUGUGUAAAUAUUUUCUAUAAAAAAUAAUGUCCCAUUGUUGAUGAAUGUUCAGUGUGGUUGUUGCUAGACUGGAACAAGAGUAAGUACUCGUUCUAAGGGUUAUAGCCUACGACCUACCGUGGAAAGAAGUUGCAUAAUUGGUUGUUAUAGGUUAGUUAAAGUAGUUCAUUAUUGAUAAAAAUGUGUCAUUGCCUGUGAUUUUACUUUUCAACUGAACCAAAGACUCUUUUCUUAGAUAUCUCUCCUUGUUCAGUGUUUCAUCUCACUAUACUAAAAACUAUACAAUAUAUGACCAGAUACCUGCUUCACUCAUACAAAUUACAUUUUAUGUGCUUGUUUAGUUAAUAGCCACCAUGUAUGUUGAUGUUUCCAUUGUGUCCAUUAGUAAUUUUUCUUUAAUUUAUUUGGCUGCAUUUUUAAACUAAAUAUUUUUUGCUAUCUUGUCUUAAAUCUGAAAAAGACACAAGUACAUUGCCCUCAUUUUGUUUUAGUGAGUACAGAGAAGCUAAAACUAAGGUGCUUUAGAGACAUUGCAUGACGUUGCAGAAUGAUAACAUAAACAUCAAGUAAAACCAAAAACAAAGAGAAACUCCUACUUUGAUAUGUUAAAAUGACUUAAAACUCAUAUAAUGUACUCAGUGUGAUGAAUAGUUAUGCUUCCAAACAGGAUGCUAUCAGUGCUUCUUAACGGUUUUGUAGGAGCUGUGUUGCAACCAAGCUAGGUAGCUAGCUUGGUCACUAAGGUGGAAGGCUCUGCACACUGUCACAGGCUAUUUGUUGUAAAUUGGCAGACUUGUUCACAUCUGUGAUGCUUUCUGUUGUCUGUGUGCAUAUUCAGUCUCUUACCAAAUUGAUCAGUAGCUUCUGUGAUCUAUUGCAGCUUUCAGACACUAGCAGCUAGCUAGGAUCUAGCUAGCUAGUUUGCAUCUAGCUGAAGUGUGGCCACUUCAUUUUCACAUGAUGCAACUGCACUGUCUCAUAUCACUGGGUCCUUGGUUAUGUGCAAGACCAUAGCGCAACAAUACAUCCUACUCAUUUCCCAAAAUAGCCCUUUUGGGUUAAAAUUCUUUUUUUUUUUCUUUCUGGCUUCUGCAAUUUUGGGCUAAUUAUAUGCUAAUCUUUUUCUUUUUUCCUAAGAUACCAGUCUUAAAGCUGUCUCACAGGAAAUAAGAGUAUAGUGGCAGUAAUUCACUGACAUGUCACUCCUGCUAACUUUGUGAAAAAUCAGUCAUGCCAAUGACUGUCACAUUACCACAGCUAGUCACUGUAGCAGCUCAGCCUCAGAGAUAUCUUAGAAAUAAGAUCACUAAUCUGUUUUUAUGGGUAUAAGAGUGUUUCAUGCUAAAAUCGACACACUCAACAAUUCUUUUGCAACAACAUACAGAGCAACAGUCAGAAAUUUGUCAUGGUGGGAGGUAGUGUUGCGUCCAGAACACAUUUUUAUCUCUCUGUGGCUCAAGUUGUUUCCUGUUUCCUCUGAGUGUCUCCCACUGCUUGCCAGUGUAUCAUUGCCAAACCAACACAUGCCUCUGUGUUGCUGUCAUCUCCCACACAGGGUCAUAGCUUCACCCUUUAUCUAAUGUGGUUGGUGUGAUGCCUCUAUGACAUGCCUUCCUGUUUUCAUCAUUUCUCACACAAUCAUGGCUGUGCCCUUUGUAGCCACUGUCCAAUUUCUUAUGUCAAUGUGAGAUCUAUUUUCAUAACUUGAAAUGAUACAUUCCAUUAAAAAAAUGUCAAAGUCA